CGCUGCCUCUGGAGCCUGGGCUGGACGCGGGGCGGGCGGGGGGAGGGGGGAGCGGCUUCGCUGGCAGCCCAGAGUGAGGCGGAGACCCGGGCGGAGCAGGCGGCACCGCUCCUUGGUCAAGGCGGCUGCACAGCUGCCCUCACCCCUGCCGCUGCCUCCCUAGUCCCUUCGGUCCUUCCCACAGCAGCUGCAGCCGGACAGCCAGAAGGAGGAGGCCAGAAAGUCCCACCGAACCGCAGAGGGAGCAUGACUUCGGCAACUUCACCUAUUAUUUUAAAAUGGGACCCCAAAAGUUUGGAAAUCAGAACACUAACAGUGGAAAGACUGUUGGAGCCGCUCGUUACACAGGUGACCACACUUGUCAACACUAGCAACAAAGGUCCAUCUGGCAAAAAGAAAGGGAGGUCAAAGAAAGCCCAUGUCCUUGCAGCAUCUGUAGAGCAAGCCACUCAGAACUUCCUGGAAAAGGGCGAACAGAUUGCUAAGGAGAGUCAAGACCUCAAAGAAGAGUUGGUGGCUGCUGUAGAGGAUGUGCGAAAACAAGGUGAGACGAUGCGGAUUGCCUCCUCUGAGUUUGCUGAUGACCCAUGCUCUUCCGUGAAGCGGGGAACCAUGGUGCGGGCAGCACGGGCUCUGCUAUCAGCUGUAACGCGUUUACUCAUCCUGGCAGACAUGGCGGAUGUCAUGAGACUUUUAUCUCAUCUGAAAAUUGUUGAGGAGGCCCUGGAAGCUGUCAAAAAUGCUACAAAUGAGCAAGACCUUGCAAACCGAUUUAAAGAGUUUGGAAAAGAGAUGGUGAAACUUAAUUAUGUAGCAGCAAGAAGACAACAGGAGCUGAAGGACCCUCACUGUAGGGAUGAGAUGGCAGCUGCUCGUGGAGCCUUGAAGAAGAAUGCCACAAUGUUGUACACAGCCUCCCAAGCCUUCCUUCGCCACCCAGAUGUUGCUGCCACAAGAGCCAACCGAGAUUAUGUAUUCAAGCAAGUCCAAGAGGCCAUAGCUGGCAUCUCCAAUGCUGCUCAAGCUACCUCGCCCACUGAUGAAGCCAAAGGUCACACGGGUAUCGGCGAGCUGGCUGCAGCCCUGAAUGAAUUUGACAAUAAGAUCAUCCUGGAUCCCAUGACGUUCAGCGAGGCAAGGUUCCGGCCUUCCCUGGAGGAAAGACUAGAGAGCAUCAUCAGUGGGGCUGCGCUCAUGGCAGACUCUUCCUGCACGCGGGAUGACCGUCGUGAGCGCAUCGUGGCAGAGUGCAACGCUGUGCGCCAGGCACUUCAGGACCUUCUCAGCGAGUACAUGAAUAACACUGGAAGGAAGGAAAAAGGAGACCCUCUAAACAUUGCAAUUGACAAGAUGACCAAGAAAACAAGAGACCUAAGGAGACAGCUUCGGAAAGCUGUGAUGGAUCACAUAUCAGACUCUUUCUUGGAAACCAACGUCCCUUUGCUAGUUCUCAUUGAGGCUGCGAAGAGUGGGAAUGAGAAGGAAGUGAAGGAGUACGCCCAGGUUUUCCGUGAACAUGCCAACAAGCUGGUGGAGGUUGCCAAUUUGGCCUGUUCCAUCUCCAACAACGAAGAAGGGGUAAAAUUAGUCCGGAUGGCAGCAACGCAGAUUGACAGCCUGUGUCCCCAGGUCAUCAAUGCUGCCCUCACGCUGGCUGCCCGGCCACAGAGCAAAGUUGCUCAGGACAACAUGGAUGUCUUCAAAGACCAGUGGGAGAAGCAGGUCCGAGUGCUGACUGAGGCUGUGGAUGACAUCACCUCAGUGGAUGACUUCCUUUCUGUCUCAGAAAAUCACAUCUUAGAGGAUGUGAACAAAUGUGUGAUUGCUCUCCAAGAGGGGGAUGUGGACACUCUGGAUCGCACAGCUGGGGCCAUCAGGGGCCGGGCAGCCCGGGUCAUCCACAUUAUCAAUGCUGAGAUGGAGAACUAUGAAGCUGGGGUCUAUACUGAGAAAGUGCUGGAAGCCACAAAAUUGCUUUCAGAAACAGUGAUGCCACGCUUUGCUGAGCAAGUUGAGGUUGCCAUCGAAGCCCUGAGUGCCAACAUCCCUCAACCAUUUGAGGAGAAUGAGUUCAUUGAUGCCUCUCGUCUGGUGUAUGACGGAGUUCGGGACAUCAGAAAGGCUGUGCUGAUGAUUAGGACCCCAGAAGAAUUGGAGGAUGAUUCUGACUUUGAACAGGAAGAUUAUGAUGUGCGCAGUCGGACAAGUGUUCAGACUGAAGAUGACCAGCUCAUUGCAGGACAGAGUGCACGGGCCAUCAUGGCACAACUACCACAGGAAGAGAAAGCAAAAAUAGCUGAACAGGUAGAGAUAUUCCACCAAGAGAAAAGCAAGUUGGAUGCCGAAGUGGCCAAGUGGGAUGACAGCGGCAAUGAUAUCAUCGUGUUGGCCAAGCAAAUGUGCAUGAUCAUGAUGGAGAUGACGGACUUCACAAGAGGUAAAGGCCCAUUGAAAAACACAUCUGAUGUCAUCAAUGCUGCCAAGAAGAUUGCAGAAGCAGGCUCUCGAAUGGACAAAUUAGCCCGAGCAGUGGCUGAUCAGUGUCCUGAUUCAGCAUGUAAGCAGGAUUUAUUAGCCUACCUUCAGCGGAUUGCCUUGUAUUGCCAUCAGCUUAACAUCUGCAGCAAAGUGAAAGCAGAAGUUCAGAAUCUUGGAGGAGAGCUCAUUGUGUCUGGGACAGGAGUUCAGAGCACUUUCACUACCUUUUAUGAGGUAGAUUGUGAUGUCAUAGAUGGGGGCAGGGCUAGUCAACUUUCUACCCACCUCCCAACCUGUGCUGAGGGAGCUCCAAUCGGGAGUGGAAGCAGUGAUUCCUCCAUGCUGGACAGCGCCACAUCACUCAUCCAGGCAGCCAAGAACCUGAUGAAUGCUGUUGUCCUCACAGUGAAAGCAUCUUAUGUAGCCUCAACCAAAUACCAGAAGGUCUAUGGUACAGCAGCUGUCAACUCUCCAGUUGUGUCUUGGAAGAUGAAGGCUCCAGAAAAGAAGCCCCUUGUGAAGAGAGAAAAGCCUGAAGAAUUCCAGACGCGAGUUCGAAGAGGUUCUCAAAAGAAACACAUUUCACCAGUGCAGGCUUUAAGUGAAUUCAAAGCAAUGGAUUCCUUCUAGGACAAUAGGAUUUAAAAAUGCAAAAUCUUUUUUUCUGUUUUUCUUUCUUUUUCAUUUUAAAUCCAUAUUUGUAUGCAUACCUGCCGACUUGUAUGCCUCUGGCAUGGGGAAAUUAAGGAAACAGUGUCUGUUUGCAUGUAAGAUGAGAUGAGGUCAAUAAGAUCCAUCUGUAACCUGGGGAGGGGACGGGUCAUUCCUGUCCUGAGGUGGCACAGAGCUGUUCUUUGCAACAUUCUCUUAAAGUUGGGCAAAGAGUUCGCAUUGCAAUGUAUGGGAGUGGGAGGGAUGGGAAAAAUAAACUAACUUUACAAAAGCAAACUCUAAUGCAUGCAAGAAUCAUUAGGUUGGCAGGUAUAUUCAUAAGUGAAAAACCUGGAAGUGUACGGUAGAACAUAAAAUUUGUAUUGCUUCUGUUUCAGUGCAAAAAUGUACUACCCGCUUACGUGUGUGGCCCACAAAUUGAACAAUUCAAUGUUGACAUCCAUCCAUGAUAUUAUAUGGAUUGUUAACUGAGGAAUCUAACUAAUCCCAUCUAAUAUGGUUCUUUUAAUCAGCAUUCUGUUCUUUAUAUUCCGGUAGUGCCAUUGGUAGUGUUCAUGUUUUCAUUUUUCCCCUUCACUGAAAAUGGUUAUCAUCUGAGACAACUAAAUCCUGCAGGCACUUGCAGCACGAUGUGGAGAUCAACCUUUCUUCCUUCCAACCCUUCCUUUCUUUUUAAACUUGAACUCUGAUUUUGCUAGAAAUAGAAGGCCCAGUGGUGGAACGUUAGAGGAACGGAGACUGAAGUGUGUGAAGGCUUAGCGGCAAAUAGGUGUGUAGCUUGGAGUGCCAGUAAUCUAAUUUACCAUUGUAUUCACUAACACAAAAUAAACAUAUUUAAUCUUAAUCCCUGAACAAUGUGUUCUUUCUCUAAGUGUAUGUUUAAUAAAAGAUCACAGAAUCUUCUUGAAAAUU